GUGCAACAACAUUCUCGUUCCCAGAGCCCCUCUCAGUAGAGAGCGCUCAUCCAAGAUGGCGGCCAAACGCGCAUCACCGGAGAAGAUUGAUUUCAGCGCAAAGAGACGCUCGACAUCAGCGGGAAAAUCAACUGAAGUUAUUUUGCCAUCACAUAUUGAUGAGAUAGACUUUCCAAGAGGUGGGGCUAGUACACUAAGCCCUCUUGAAGUGAGGAGAAUCAAGCAAGAAGCUGAGAAAGAUUUACUCUUUGGUACCACACCAGUACAGGAGAUAAAAAAGAAAAAGAAGCGAUCAAAGUCACUCCCUGCUGAGAGGAAAGAUAACAACAGUGAUGCUGAUCUUGGAAAGACCUCAGGAAAUCAUGUGGCGAGUCUGUCUUUUAAGAAACUUUGUGAAGGCAUGAAGCUACUUGGUGCUGUGAAAGAAGUGGGGGAGUUUGAACUCAUUAUCAGUCUACCCAAUGGACUGAGUGGAUUUGUUCACAUCUUGGACAUCAAUGAAAAACUGAUGUCUGCCCUUGCAAAAUCCUCAACUGAGGAGCGAAUAGAGGAUAGCAUUCCUUCAUUGGGAGAUCUCUUUACUGUCAAUAGCCUUGUUGUGUGUGUUGUCAAGGAGCUGUUAGGCUCUAAACAUGGUCAUAGGAAGGUUAAGUUGUCCCUUAGACCAGAGGAUGUGAAUGCGGGGGUCACAACUAUUGUUCCUGGCUUUGUCUUGCCUGGUUGUGUCUCCAGUGUUGAGGAUCAUGGAUAUGUGCUUUCGUUUGGAAUUCCUGGAAAAACAGGUUUUCUGUCCAAGAAAAAGACAGGUCGAGUACUGGUUGAAGGACAGUACCUGAAUACUAUUGUGGAGUCAGCAGAUACUGGGCGUGUUAUCAGAGUGUCUGUUGAUCAAGACAAGAUAAAGAGUGCCAUGAUCUCUUCAGAUAUGAAGGUCAGGUUUUCCAGUCUCUUGCCUGGUAUGCUGGUCAACACCAGAGUCUCUCAGUGUACAAGCAGUGGCGUGAUUGUGUCGUUCCUGGAACUGUUUGAGGGGAGUGUUCACAUCUUGCAUCUCCCUGAAAAUGGUGGAAGCGGGGAAAACUUAGAGAAAUUGUACAAAAAGAAAUCCAAGCAUGUGGCACGCAUUCUCUAUGUCAACCCCAAGAACAAGGUGGUGAGCCUGAGCAUGUUGGACUCCAUCAUUCAGUUUAAGUUGCCCUCAUUUGAAAGCUGUUCCAUUGGGGACAUUUUUGAUAAUGUGACCAUAACAAGAGGUGACCAGGGCCUUGGACUUCUUGCAAAUGUUAAAGAUGGCCUCAAUGGCUUUGUGCAUUUUUCACAAGUGUCCGACAAGCAAAUAGAAAAGUUGGGGAAAAAGUACAAAGCAGGGACCAGUCACAAGUGCAGAGUUUUAGGCAUGAACACUAUUGAUGGCCUGCUUUCCUUAACAACAAAAAAGAGCAUCAUUAAUAAGCCAUUUAUGCGUUAUGAAGACAUCAAACCUGGAUCAAUAGUAGAAGGCACCAUCAUUACUCUUGAGAAGUUUGGGAUGCUUGUCUCUGUGUCAGACCACAUCAAGGGACUGGUGACCAACAUGCAUUUGGCAGACAUCAUCCUUAAACACCCUGAGAAGAAGCUGACAGAAGGAAAAGUGGUCAAGUGUAGGGUACUGACAGUUGAUCCAGGACAACGGCGACUCCAUCUGACUCACAAGAAGACAAUGGUGUCUUCAAUUCUUCAAGUGAUAACCCAGUACUCUGACGCCAAGCCUGGAACAACAUCUCAUGGAUUCAUCACAUCUGUGAGAGAGUAUGGUUGUCUAGUCACAUUUUACAAUAAUGUUAAAGGACUUGUGCCAAAGGAUCAGUUAGGUAUUCAAGAGUCUGAAGAUCCACGCGGUGUGUUUUACUUGGGCCAAGUUCUGACCUGUCAUGUAAUCUCCUGUAAUCCAGAUCAACAGAAACUCAAACUAAGUCUAAAGGCUAACUCAGCUAACAAGUCCUCAACACAAGUUUCCUUGCAGACUGCAUCGCUUGUAGAUAUAGAUGUUGUAAGCUGCAGCAAGGAUGGAUUGGAUGUGUUACUACAACCAAAUGGAUGCCCCGCCUUGCUACCUGUCUAUCAUCUUUCCGACCAUCCAUCACAUUGGGAAGAUUUGCUAUCUAUCUAUACCCCAAAGGGCAAGCCUAUAACCAUUAGAAAUGCAUUGUACUAUGGCAUUGGAAAGAAUGGGACUCAUAUUGUUUCUCUUAAGACGUCUUUGAAAAAUGCUGCUGAAAGUAAGACAAUGGUGACAAACUUCAGUGACAUCAAGCCUGGUAUAGUCCUUCCUGGUUUUGUCAAACUUUUAAUGGGCUAUGGCGUCUUUGUUGAAUUUGCUCCUGGCAUACUUGGCUUGGCUCCCAAUUCUUUCAUUGCCAAUCACUUUGUAUCGGAUGCUGCUUCUCAUUUCAAGAUUGGACAAACAUUAGUUGCACAGGUUAACGAGGUGGAUGCUGAGAGGCAACGGUUUCUUGUGAGUCUGAAGCAGUCUGACUUGAAUCCCGGUUCAGAUUGGACCUCUGCCACUGCUGGUGCAUUGCUUGAGGAAAUCCUCUCCGAGAGGAAACACAUCUUGGAUGAACUAGCCAGCAAGACAGAAGAUGUGAAAAAUUUGUUGUCCUUGCCUGUUGGAAGCUGUAUUGAAGGAAAAGUAAGCAAGGUCAAGAAAAAUGGGAUCUCUCUUACUCUCCCUGAUGGGCUCAAGGGUUUCGUCUUUCAUCAGCUUGCUCAAGGUGUCAGCUGCCUAGAGGGCGAGGUUGUCCAGGGAUGUGUUCUGGAUCUUGAUGUCAAGAAAAGUGUCGUUGAACUGACCCUAUUGCCAGAUGUUGUCAAAGGAAGACAAAACCAGAAGAACAAACCCAAGCAGAUGAAGCCUGGCCAACCUGUGGAUUUCAUUGUACAGUUGAUUAAAGCAGAAUACAUGGUUGUCGUUCUGCCAUGUGCUGCUUUCAAGAUUGGAUAUGCACCAGCAAAAAUGCAUCUGAACGAUAUUCGUGAUGUUGCAAAGCGGUUUAAUGUUGGCCAGAAGUACCGUGGCUCUAUUCUGGAGAGUUCCAGUCAUUGUAUAGUCGUUUCUGAAUGCCAGAAUUCUUCCAAAGAAAAUCUAAAGCCUGGGACUGUAACAUCUGUUGAGGUGCGAAGUAUCAAGCCAUUGCAAAUGAACGUCCAGCUGGGCCAGAUCCAUGGGAGGGUACAUGUGAGCAAUGCUGCCGAUGACCUUAUUCAGGGCGAAUCUCCAUUUAAGCCAUUCCAGAUGGGUCAGAAGAUCCAAGCUAAGAUUCUUGGUUUCAGGGACACUAAGACACACAAUUUCUUGCCUCUGACUCAUAGGAACUUUACCAGAGCAGUUGCAGAGCUUUCAUUAAAACCAAGUAUGGUCAGCAAAACGUCAGCUUCAGAGGUUGUUGGUGCUGUCUAUGAUGAGAAAAAACUAGAGGAUUUCAAGAUUGGUGACGAGGUCCAGGCUUUUGUCAAGUCUACUUCAGAUAACUGCAUUUGGAUGGCCAUCAAUACAUUGGUCAGCGGACGUGUGGAGUUGUUACAUGCGUCAAAUGAUGUCAAGGUACUUCGUCAUCUAAGCUCUGCAUUCAAGCCUGGAAAUGGUCACACUUGUACAGUACUAGAUGUAGACAAGGACCAUGAAGUACUAAACCUCUCACUCACAGUGAAGCCCGACUCUCAGCUAUCACGUGACCAAGUUGUGCCAGGCCGUGUGACGCGUGUAAUGCCUACUUCCGGUCUGUUUAUCCAGCUUCCGUUGCACAAGAGCGGACUGGUGGCCCUUACAGACAUCGCCGAUCACUUCACUGAGAACCCUACAGAUGGCUACAAAGUCAAGCAGAUCGUACGGUGCUGUAUACUAUCCAAGAAAGACAACGGCCACUACGAUUUAUCCCUUAGACCUUCAAGGACGACAGAGGCCACAACGCAAGAGGAAAAAGAUAAAAGCCGUACAGAUCGUGAGAUAGGGUCCCUGGCAGCACUUGAUGUGGGCGAUAUCGUGCGUGGGUAUGUGAGCUGCGCCACAAACAUUGGGGUGUUUGUCAGUCUUGGGCGAAACAUAAAGGCUCGCGUCCAGAUAAAAAACCUGUCACACUUCUAUGUCAAAGAGUGGAAGCCUCUCUUUCCAGUGGGCAAGCUAGUGACGGGAAAGGUGCUAAGCAUCAACCCCACUAACGGACAGAUCGAGUUGUCCCUAAAGGGUAGGGACGUGGGGGGUCCUGACCCUGCCCCUAAUCCCAAGCAAACCGAGGAGACGGGGAAAAAGAGGAAAAAGGCGACCAAGGUGAAGACUGUUGAUGCUGGCGAGGCUGAGCCAGAAAGUGACGAGGAUGUGGAGGCGAUAGUCAAACGCCUCAGAGCAGAUGAAUCUGAUGACGAGCAGGGCCCUCACGAGAGUGAAGAGAGCGAGGAAUGCAAUUCAUCGGAACCAGAGGAUGGGGACGAGAGCACUGCGUCGCAAAUCAAGAAAAUAAAAAGGAUCCAGGUGUCAGCUGGAUUCAAUUGGAGCGGUGAUACGGAGGAGGACUUGGGCGAAGCAAAUGUAGAUAACAGCAGUGAUGAGAAGAACGACAGUGAGAACGAGUCUAUCGAACAGGUUUCAAGAAAGAAAACUAAAAGGCAGAAAAGAGCUGCCAAGAAGGCUGAGGAGGACUUUCUUUACAGGACGGAGCAGGCUCUCCUUGACACCGACCACACCCCCGAGUGCGCAGAAGACUUCGACCGCCUGGUCUUAUCCUCCCCGAACAACUCGGUCACGUGGUUGCAGUACAUGGCCUUCCACCUACAUACCACUGAGAUCGACAAGGCACGCGCUGUGGCCGAGAGGGCACUGAGGACUAUUUCCUUCAGGGAGGAGCGGGAAAAGCUGAACAUCUGGGUCGCACUCAUGAACCUGGAAAACCUUUAUGGCACACAAGAGUCCCUUAUUAAGGUGUUCGAGCGGGCCCUACAGCAUAAUGAACCCAAGAAAGUGUUCUUCCAUUUAAUUACCAUCUACACACAGUCGGAAAAAACUGAGCUAGCAGAGAAGCUUUUCCACACUAUGACCAAACGUUUCAGCCAGAGCAAGACAGUUUGGAUCGAAUUUGGGCGGUUUUUCAUGAAGACAGGCAAACCGGACUCGGCCAGGAAAUUGCUACAGAGAGGGUUGAAGAGUCUGCCCACCAGGAAACAUGUGGAGACGAUUGUACAGUUUGCUUUGAUGGAGUUCAAGAAUGGCGACCCUCAGCGCGGUCAGACGGUGCUUGAAAGCGUCCUUAGUAACUACCCCAAGCGCACGGACAUUUGGUCUGUGUACAUCGACAUGAUGAGCAAACAGGGACAUCCGGAUACCGUCAGGCAAAUCUUCGAGCGUGUGAUCCACAUGAACCUAUCCUCCAGGAAAAUGAAGUUUCUAUUCAAGAAGUACCUUGACUUCGAGCGCGAGCAUGGCGACGAGAUGAGCGUGGAGGCGGUCAAAACCAAAGCUAUGGAAUACGUAGAAUCCAAGGUGGCCUUGGCAUGAAUACUUGCCAGGAAAUAAUACAAGAAAAAUAAUGAAGAGUUACUCGGCCUUCGAGCUUGAAAACGGCGACCAAAUAAACAUGGAGUCUACGUGGCUUUGACGGAGCCAUAAAAACGACGUAGGGAGAGUUAUCCGGCUUGUAACAUUGCAUUACAUUAGGUGAUUGACAUGAGCCUCUAGUAAAUAAUACAUACGUAUCAACAACUGAGGAACAAGAGUUCUAGAACACGAAGAACAAUUCAGGGAGUCUAUUUUUUAAGAUUGUAAAAGAUGAUUAAGAUAUUUCGAACGUGGGCAUUUAUAAGAAAUAAGCCGGGACUUUCUUAGAGCUACGGUGAUGGAAUAAUAGACCAUUCUAACGUG